AUGCCUCGGCACUUUGCGCCAGGAGAGAGUUCAAAAGAGUCGAAUGCUCUAGUAAUGGAGUUCUUUCACACUCUUUCUCGCCAGGAUUGUGAGUCUAGUUCCGAUGAGCAUUCUUCAGUCAACGGAAGUCCCAUUCAGAGCAGAUACUCAUCGACACCUCUUACGGAUGGAUCUGGGACCGACAUCUCUCCCAAAAGUGGGACAACUACCAGCAGUUCUUGUUUCGAGAGAAAUCUCAAGCAUUCUCUUCCGACAACAGAUGGUUCGCCUCAAGACGGCGAUGAGGAUGCACCUUCGCGAAAGGAGUCCCGGCAAAACAAGGACCCAUCCGGUCCAGAGGCAAUAGCAUCUCUUCAGGGUCGCAAACAGAUGCCUUAUCCCAUGCAACGACCGCAAAAGUGCCAGGGUACUAAUGCGACAAUAUUGGAGCUUCUAAAAUCUCUUGAAGAGAGGCAUCGCAUCUUCAUAUGUAAAGAUUGCUUUACACAGGUUCAAGUUCCCAAGGAUGAAAGGAAACCCGAGAAUGUAAGGAAGCGACAUAAAUCCGAAACCUGUGAGCCCCGAUGUAUCGGCACCACUUGUUCCGGAAUUCCCAACGACGGAAUAGCGCAUCAUCAUCGAACUGAAAAUUGUCCGACAUGGCAAUCACUCCCUAACGAAACCAGGUGGUCUUUCAUCUGGAGUCUCAUCAACCCAGGAGAGAACCCGCCCGACCCCGACUUCUACACCGGUGUUGGAUAUGCGCACAACACGACUCGGCGACCAUGCAAGCAGCAGUCCAGAGCUAGAGAUGCGGACAUAUGCGAUGCUCUGAUGCGGGAUAUAGAGGAGAGGGACAAAAAGCGAAUAUCUUUGGAAACCGAGUUAGAGGCUGCGAACGAGAGAAAUGCCCAACUGGAAGAGAAACAGAAGAAGAAGAUUGGCAGCUUGGAGAAUAUCAUUGAGACCUUACUGGAGCACCUUGAAGAGAACAACGUCAAGGUUCCAAACUCCCUCCAAAAACGACUGCAAGAAGAGUAUCCUGGUGUUUUCUGCGAACCGGCCGUCCAGCUGAAGUCAAGACGUUCGCAAGCACCCCCGACACCAUCCUCAAUGUUCAAAGACGGAACUGGGGUACCGAGACAGUCUCAACUGGAUCAGCCGACCACUGCAAUAGUUCAGCCUCCUCUGUUCUCAGCCGCCGGGCCUGGAGGUGGUUACUCUCAACCUUUCGACAUUGAUUUCGGUGGGGAUUUAUUCAUAAGCUUCGACUACACGGAUGAAGUAUUGGUCGACUCAAGUCAACAGCUACCAGGCGACAUGGCAUAG